AUGGCGGCCGUGCCCGUUGGAGCUCCUCCGCCGGCCAAAAGGAAAAAGGAGGGCCCCGAUUGCCUGGAAACCUCGCCGGUCCCUCCGGCCAUGGUGGGCGCAGACUGGUCCUCGCUCCCAUACGACCUCCUCCGCCGCAUCGCUGACACCCUCCAGGACACAAACGACGUGGACUGCUACAUGGACUUGCGUGCCGUCUGCCGCCACUGGCGCUCCACCACCGACGACCCCCGGAGCGACGCCACCGACCCCCGCUUCCGCCCUCGCCAGUGGAUCGUCCUCGACGAGGUCUUCACGAGCGACACGCGCCGCCUCUUGGUCAACACCGCUAGCGGCCGGUGCCUCCACAGGGAGCUCCCGCAGCUCCGUGACCACCACGUCGUCGCCACAACCCUCGGCGGCUUCUUCGUCCUGGCCGACAAGAGCCCUCCCCACACCGCUCGUGUCUUCAACCCUCUCACCGGUGGCCUCAUCAGCUUCAAUGCUCCCGUGCCUCCCGAGGGAAAGGUUGCCGCCGCCGUCUGCUUCGGCAUGGCUUCGCCCAUGCUUACCUUAUUGUGUGACUCGUCUCGCAAGCAUUACACGGCCUUUCCUGACAGUGAAUGUUUCAUCACCCACGAGCACGAGCAUCAGCACAAACAUAAUUAUGGUAUAUUGAGGAUGGCGAUCAGAGGUGGUUUCGAUGGCGGCUUGCAGCGAUUAACCCAAUUACAAGACGUGGUUUUCAAGAUCAACAAUUCGAUGAAGUUGGUUCAGGUUCACCCUGCUCAGUUUCUCUUUAACAAUCUUCCUGAGACGGCAGAUCCGGAGGAUAUGGUGUGUUUCCUAAUGGAAUUUGGUGGGCAAGCGCUGAUGAUCGCAAAGCUACAUCGACUCAUAAAGGUUAUCAAGUUUGAGCCCGAGCACGACGUCCGUGCGCGUUUGCAGAGCAUCGGCAGAUUCGCCAUCUUUGUCGGCCAUGCCAGGUGCUUAGCCGUCGAUGCCGACAAGUUCCCGUCCGUCGAAGCGAACUGCGUCUACUACAUUGAACGCUUGGGCUCGUCUGCCCACAUGUGCAAGUACAACCUCCAGGAUGAGAAAGAUGAGAGGGUCUCUGACGCUGUAGAUUUUGUGAAGCAUAACAAGCAGUUUGUCCUUGCCGCUGACCGUCCUUUCACGAUCAUCCAUCUUAUCGCGAGCUAUACCAUCAAAGUCCGGGAUUCUGAACUAGCCUCGCAACAAAUACCAUUCGGCGAAGUCUUCGACGAAGAUGAGACAUCUCCUAUGUUUAUGGAUGGUGGUCUCCUCCAUCUCGACGAGUUGUAUCAUUAA